GCUAGCUUCACCAGGAGUAUAGAGAGUUUACACGACAGCAGAGCGAGGGAAGGACGCGCAGCUCUGGAGUUUUAAGAGACGUUAGUUCUUGGAGUUUUCCUCUUCACAAAAGGACACUAUGAGCUGGGGAACGGAUCUUUGGGACCAGUUCGAAAAUCUCGACAAACACACACAGUGGGGCAUUGACUUCCUGGAGCGCUAUGCAAAGUUUGUCAAAGAGCGUCUGGAAAUCGAACAGGUCUAUGCAAAGCAGCUACGAAAUCUGGUGAAGAAAUACUGUCCCAAGCGCUCCAAAGAGGAUGAGCCCAGGUUCACAUCCUGUCUGUCAUUCUACUCCAUACUGAAUGAGUUGAAUGACUACGCAGGUCAGCGAGAGGUUGUUGCAGAGGAGAUGGGGCACAAUGUGUUUGGAGAGCUGAUGAGGUACUCCCAGGACCUGAAGGCAGAGAGAAAACAUCACCUCCAGGAGGGGAGAAGGACCCAGCAGCAUUUGGACCAGUGCUGGAAACACAUGGAUAAUAGUAAAAAGAAGUUUGAACGAGAAUGCAAAGAGGCUGAGAAAUCACAGAUGAUGUACGAGAGGUUGGACAACGAUGUCAACGCCACAAAAUCAGAUGUGGAAAAGGCAAAGUCCCAGCUGUAUCAGAGACAACACAUGGUGGAGGAGAGCAAGAAUGAGUAUGCGGCCCAGUUGCAGAACUUUAACAGUGAACAGUGGAAGCACUUCAAUGUGGUCAUUCCUCAGAUAUUCAAGAACCUACAGGACAUGGAUGAGCGUCGGACUGUUAAGUUGGGGGAGACGUACAGGACUUUUGCUGAAGUGGAACGAAGAGUCAUUCCCAUUGUCUCAAAAUGUCUGGAGGGCAUGGUGACCGCUGCUAAGAACGUGGAUGAGCGCAAGGAUUCUGCAAUUGUAGUGGAGUCCUUUAAGUCUGGAUUUGAGCCCCCUGUUGACUUCCCUUUUGAGGACUUCAGUCAGAACAUCCAACGAACAGGGUCAGAUAGCACCAUCGGGACCCCAAAAACAGAGGGAGGCAAACCAGACCCCAAAAUCGCGAUCAGCAGGACCAAAAACAAACUUUGGCUUUUUGGGAAGAAGCCCAAGGCACCAACACUUGAGGAUCUCAGCCACCUUCCUCCUGAACAGAGACGCAAAAAACUUCUACAGAAGAUUGAUGAGCUAAACAAAGAACUACAGAAAGAAAUGGACCAAAGAGAUGCUCUAAACAAGAUGAAGGGUGUCUAUGAGAAGAAUCCACAGAUGGGGGAUCCUGGAAGCCUCCAGCCUAAGAUUUCAGAGACCAUAUGCAACAUGGAAAAACUACGCUCAGAGAUCCAUAAAAAUGAGUCUUGGCUAGCAGAGGUUGAAGGGAAGCAUGGUUCGCGUAGUGAGCGGCCGUCCAGUGCAGAUGUGAACCACCAUGCACCCCAAGGCAGAGAGAGUCCUGAAGGCAGUUACACAGAUGAUCACAGUCAGGAGCAUCGGGCUCCACCUCAGCCAGAUCCACAUGAUUUUGACGACGAGUUUGACGAUGACGAUCCUCUCCCAGCUAUUGGCCACUGCAAAGCUCUCUACUCUUUUGAUGGUUCUAACGAGGGCACAUUGGUGAUGAAUGAGAACGAGGUGCUGUAUGUCAUAGAGGAGGAUAAAGGUGAUGGAUGGACACGGGUUCGCAAGCAGAACGGGGUUGAGGGCUACAUCCCCACAUCCUAUGUGGAGAUCACACUGGAGAAAAACAGCAAAGGUGCGGUCACCUACAUAUGACAACACCCACAGCAGCAUCACCUAGUUAUGACAUCACACUUGGGGAAGCAGGUGUAAGACAUCAAGUGCAGAUUGGCUGACUACCAUAUGCUUCUGUUCACUGUGUGAGCCCAAAAGACAAUCACACACAAACACACUUUAAGUGACUGUGUUGCUUCAACACUGUGACUUUGCUGCAGUGGAUUAAAGAUGAAGCUACUUUCCUAGUAGGACUGUAGAGAUUUGUAUUGCUUUUUAUUUAAUUUUUGUGCUCUGCACUGUUAACAUUUUUUAUUUUUUUAUCAUCUCAGAAUACUUAGAGAAAAAAAAAAAAAACAUUUGAAAAGUUGGCGAUUUUGUUCAGUUUUGUUCCGAGUUAAUCUGCUCAUUAUAAUAAUGAGAUAACCUGUCACACUUCAGUCAGCUCUUUAAUGUUGAGAUUUAUGUAUGUUUGUUUGUUUGUAUGUAUACAUGUUGAAACUAAAUUACACUUUUCUCUGAGCCUCUCUUCACUGUUUUAUACAGUCCAGUUCUAUUUACUGUUCAUUUUUACGCAGUGUCAUUUGUUUGCCGUUAAAUUACCUUGAUUAUUUUUAUUUUUUUUAAACUCCCCUUUUCUCAUCUGGCAUGCCCAAUUCCCAUUGCUUACUUGGUCCUCAUGGUGGCGCGUUUACUCACCUCAAUCUGGUGGCAGAGGACAUGUCUCAAUUGCCUCCACUUCUGAGAUAGUCAGCCCACACAUCUUGUCACGUGAAUUGUUUUGCAUGAAACCACGGAGACUCAUAGUAUCUGGAGGCUCAUGCUAUUCCCCACGAUCCACACACAACUUACCACAUGCCCCAUUGAGAGCAAGAACCACUAAUCGCGACCACAAGGAGUUACCCCAUGUGACUCUAACCUCCCUAGCAACCGGGCCAAUUUGGUUGCCUAGGAGACCUGGCUGGAGUCACUCAGCAUGCCCUGGAUUCAAACUCAUGAUGGUAGUCAACUUGAAUACUCGCUGAGCUACCCAGGCCCCCAAAUUACCUUGAUCUUAACGGCAGACCUGUUUUGGUUGCAAAUAAACUUUUCCUGCAGGGUGCCACUCCUCUCUUUAAGCUUUUAGUGGCACAUCUUAAUUGCUUUUUUAUGUGUAACCCAAGGUUAAAAGCAUAGAAUCAAAAGAUCAUGUUUCUUCAAAGAAAAUCCACUGUAAUAAUUGCUUUAAGGUGCACUCAGUAAUUUAUUCCUCAUUAAAAAUGUUUAACUCCUCAAGACAUGAAUUGUAAGUUUGCAAUAUAUGUAGAAAAUCAUGGCCACUCACAUUAAAAUGUAGACUCCAGUCAUAUCAGUAACCUUCUAAAAAGCUGUUUUAUUCUACAUGGAGAGGGUCCACCCAUGGGGGCUGCCAUGUUAUAAUAACAUAACCAGCCAAAUACUACUCACUCAAUCUCAGUGACCGUUGAGAUUACAAUGUACAAUGUCAUCUUAAACCAGGGCUGUUGCAAGGAAUUCUGGGCCUCCUGACUGUAUAUUCCUCUGGGCCCCUUACCUAUUAAAAAAAAUCAGUUUUGAAUUUGUUGUGGGCCCCCCUGGACAUUUGGGCACCUAGAAUCAUUACCACCUUUCACCCCACUAGCUACAGCCCUGUCUGAAAUGGAAAAAUAUUGAUUUUUAAAUUAUGCUGCAUUCAAGCCGUGAGGUGUCAGUGUAUGUCCAAGAUGACACAAAGACAAAAGUUACUAAGUGCACCUUUAAAUUGAGAGCAGCACUUAAUUUAUUUGGCUGUCUCACCAGCGUCCUCUAUGAUUGUGGAGGUGAAUCUCUUUUUCUGGCCAGUGCUUCUGGAACUGUCUAUGAUUCUGUCCUUUCUUCUCUCUCUAUGGCUACAGGUUCCUGAUGGGAUGAAUGGGGUUCUGUGGUGUUUGGUGGAACGGGACCCAUUGCUGUGGGUCUGUUAGUGGCGGUUUUGGGGGGGGGGAUUAAGACUUUAGGCGAGGCUUUAGGGUUGGGUUGGGGCAGGUUGCAUGUUUGCAUGCUGUUUGUGUCAUGAGUAUUAACAUCAUUCCAUUGCAGCAAUGUUCAAGGUAUAACUGGCUGUGCAGGAAGGGUGGGAGGGGCAAAUGUGAGAGACACCCUGAGCAAUAAUGAAGGCGGAACAGAGUUGUAUGAAACCCAAAAGGUGUUAUUGCCUGGCAUUAACAUUUGCACUCCAUUUCAACAGUUAUUGGAAUGUUUUCCUAUGCCAUCUUACAUGUUCUUACCCUGCACCUGCAUGACCUACAGCCGUUCAUUCCUCACUCUGUCUUGACCAGUUGGCCCCUUAAUAGGAUUUAACCACUGCUGCUAAUAUCUAAACACUUCUGUGAUUUGUCUUGUUUGUAUGUCUGUUUUGGUUGAUGCAUUCCAUCAUGAAUGUUAUUUUAACAAUUCUGUGCAAGUCCUUGUCAAAAGCAUGACCAAUCAGAGAAGAAGAGACUUAUGUUAGCCAAGGCCACAUUGCCCACAUUAACAUGACAGUCCCCCCACCCCCACCCCCACCACCUACAUGCCACGACCAGCAGGGGGAGCCAUACACCAUAUAAAACAAGCAGUGAAAACACCAACGAAGAUCUUUGAACAUCAACCCUUCAUUCAAACAAGCACCUGAAUCUGUCUGGAUUUCAGGUCUCUGAAUGGUAACUAAAACCUACAGGGGUCUAUCUGCCUCUAUACACCCAAAAAAAAUCCUUGUUUUUGGGCUUCCAGCUCUCUGCGGCGCAUAUUAUUUUUUCUCCAGCAGAUAUUAACAAACAUGCUAUUGUACCAUCACUGCCCUCCAACAAGGGGCCACACGUCUCCAAAAUCCGAUCUCAAGAGCGUGUAUUUGUGAAUGUGAUUCUUACAUAUAAAACUGUGUAUGCAAAUGGAUGCAUAUAUGCAUAUGUAUAUACCUAGUUAGUUUUUAUUAUUAAACUGUAUGUAUUAACAUUUUUAUGUCAGAAUGAAUGUGUUUUAUUUGUGACCUUUUUAUGGGGUUUUCUAACCAAGCGAAAUUACUUUCACAGGUUGCUUUUGAGAACUGUGCCGUUAUGUCUAUGUAACCAGUGCUUUGCAUCUGAACACUGUUGUCAAAUGGACCCUAGUCUUAACUAAUGCACUUUUUACCCUGUUGCAUUUGGAAUAUUUAGGGAGGGAACUAUAUCAGAUGUGAAUGCUAGGUUUGGAACUAAUGUGUUGUACAGUGAGACUAUGGUGACCGCUAUAUACUGGGGAUUGUGUUGGAGCAAGAGCAACGGAGAAAUAAAUAUGUGUGUCUGUUUGUCUCAUUCAUCCUGAUUUGCUUGUUUCAUGAUUGAUCUGAUAUAUGUAUCAAUUUAUUGAACAGAGUGGAACAUGUACUGUAGGAAUGGCUUCAUGGUGCACUCAGUAUUUUUUUAGCAGCAGUACAUACAGUACGCAGCAUAAUUGAGUACACCCCAUCUGAAACAUAACAAAUUCAGCUCUUUCUCUUUACAAAUAAAAUGUAUAUGGUGUUCAUGUGUAAUGUAAUAUUUAAGCAACUCUGGUUUAUCAUAUACUAAUGAAAAAAAGUCAAUAUUAAACAAGAAAAAAAUAUUUUCUUAUCAAAAUUAUAAAAGACCAUGCUGCAAAAAUGAGCACACUGCAAAAUAAAACUUGACAAAAUGUUUUCUAGAUCUAGUUGAGGGACAUUGAUCAGCAGAUUAUUCUUUUAAUAGACGUAAUUGUUUAAAUUACUCAAAUAGAAGUAAUUGUUUAAAAAGUGUAAAUGAAAAACCCAUUGAAUCACUCUCAGACUCAAUGCUGACAACAAAUGGACCACAUGGGAGAGAAUUGUCAAGUAAAUGAAUAAAUAAAAUGAUUGAAUUGCACAAAAGGGGACAAUGGUACAAGAGUAUUAGCAAAUUACUGUUAUUGAGUGAAAACACAAACAAAUGUGACCGAUAUUCCAAAAGGAUGGACUUCUGACAAGAUUCCUGAAAGGUUCUUUGUGCUCAUGAUGAGUGAUUUUUGAUAACAAUUGCAAAGCAUGUGCCUCAGAGCUGGCAAGAGCUGUGGGAAGCCAAACAGGAGUGACUGUUUCAUCUCACACAUUAAGACACUAUGCAAAGAAGUGGAAUGCAUGAUGGCACUGCUGAACCCAAAGCAUAAAAAAGCUUGUUUACUCUUUGCCAAGGCCCAUUCUGAUAAAGGUACAGAACUUUGAGAAUCUAUAAGAUGGACUCAUGAGCCCAAUAGUUUUUAUUUAUUUUAUCUGAUGGAAUCAAAAAUACAUGAUAUCACAUGGUGAGGAGUACAGGGGGAAGCGCAUGUACCUACAGUAAUGUACUGCAGUGGUGGUGAAGUACUUAUAUAGGGAUAUAUGAGUGCAGAAUGUGUGGGGAAAUAGCACUCCAUUGGCAUCAUGAAUUUACAGAUGUUCUGCUAAAUCUUUCUAAAAGGCAUUUCUAAGUACUAAAAUAUUGCACACUAUUUGAAUUUAUUCAAGAGUGUACACAUUUUUGCAACCCUUAAGCAAAGCUGCCUUAUGUAAUUAUUUUACAGAUAUUGAUAGCAUAUCUUUCGAUUUUGUUAAGUGUAUGUUUAAUACAUUUAAAUGUUGUAAUCUUCACAUGAAUUGUAAUGGUAAUCAUUUAGAAAUAGAAAUAUAUGUAUGUUCAGAGGGGUUGUGCACAUUUAUGCUGCAUACUGUAAAACCAAUUAUUUCUACCAAACCCUUUGUUGAAAUGCAUUACUUGCUAUCAGCAAAUGAUUCUAUGAGUUAAAGUAUACAGAAAGAGUCUGAUAAUAGAGGGAUUACUGGAAUAAAAAAGUAGCAUUUGGCUGGUCAUGUGAUCUCAAGGUGGUCCCCAGCAGAGUAAAAUAAAAUGGU